AUGAUCAACAUGGAUCAAGUAAUAUUAAACCAGAAUACAAUCACUAUCCAUCUGUUUCAGAUAGUGAUAAAUUUUGAAAAAAUUGAAACAGUUAAAAACAUUCUACCAUGUAAUGGUAAUAAUGUACAAAAACCGAUUACCUUACGGCCACAUUCAACUCCAGCAACAUUAAUGUGGCUUGAAAAUAAUUACGAAUUAGCCGAAGGUGUUUGUAUACCUAGAUCAGUUUUAUAUUUACAUUAUAUUGAUUUCUGUCAAAUCAAUCGUGUUCAACCGGUAAAUGCAGCCAGUUUUGGUAAAAUAAUUCGACAACAAUUUCCACAAUUGACCACUAGAAGAUUGGGCACCAGAGGACAGUCCAGAUAUCAUUACUAUGGAAUCGCUAUCAAAGAAAAUUCACCAUAUUAUCAACUAUCAUAUUCGAAAAAAUCUGUACAAUUACAAUGGUAA